GCAAGUGUACAUUCGCCACACCUUUUUUCCAUCAGGAACCAUACUACCGUAAUCCGUCACGUCCGUAAAGUCCGAUCACACACUGUAUGUCGAUCUCAUUUACGCAAUGGACGUGACCCGCUCAUCUUGAGUCAUACGAGUGAGCAGCUGAGCGAAAAUGACGGCUGAGGGAUCUCACGUGAUCAGUGACAACAGCGACAACAGUGACGACGGGGUCAAAGUUCGAGUAUACAGUGGCAGAGUUGAUCACAUUUCGCGCCUUCCCGAAAGGGCAGGUCGUCAUCUGCUGAAAGACUGCGCCGUGCAUAUCAACGACAAACGAAGGUUGUGUUCGGAGCGAGGGCCGCGCAGCCAAUACUAUGCUCAAUUGCAGAUUUGUAGACCCACAGUAAACGCCCAAGCGGCUCGGCGGGGCUCGUCAGUGGUGCUCAAUUCGGCAAUAACAUGCGGAAAAGAGGCUUGCAGUACUUUCAGCCAUGCAGUGAGAAGCCGAGAUGUCAACAUAGCAGAGAAGAUAAUGCACAACCUUACAAAUCAUAGUCACGGCUUUGGCUAUGGCGGCCAUCCGGAUGCUGCAUCGCCGGGGAAGAGACGGACCGCACGGCGUCAUCGAGAAAUCGGACGGGAUUUCUGGUGGAGGGUGACAUUUUACGAGCAUGCGCUUGGGUACUUCGGCACGCCAAGAUGCAGGGUCACACUCUAGGUACCCAGGAACUUCGAGGUUCGUCUAUGUCCCGCUCACACAAUCGAUGGCACGACCCUAGACCUGUGGCUAUGUGAAUGCUACAUCACUGCGAUUGUUCACGCGGACAAGA